AUGAGGUUCCUCUGUCUGCACGGUGCCAUUGGCAACAUUGACAAUAUUGACAUCCAGCUUGCUCCUCUGGUGAAGGAGCUGGCCAUAGACGGAUCCGCUUCAUUCCACUUUAUCAACGGCCCUGUUUCUGUGUCUCCCCCGGCAGGCUUCGCGGAGUAUUUUGGCGCUGGGCCGCAUUAUCGGUGGUUGGAGGAUGGAGGAGCGGCGGAGGAAUCGAUGCUCUCCCGUGUUCGAAAGGCUCCGCACGGUUCGAGUCCCGAAGAAGCGAUGAGAGCUUUGGGCAAGGACUGGGAUGGCCGCUGGAAUAACCACCAGCAAGUCAUGGAUUACCUCUAUAACACACUGGAAAGGAAUCCCGACAUCGACGGCAUCGUCGGAUAUAGUGAAGGUGCUACCAUGGCUGCCAGUCUCAUCAUGGACGAAGAUAGGAAGGCCCAGGAGACCGGCCGUCCUCGUCGCAUCAAAUGCGCGGUUUUCUUCACCGGCUGGCCUCCUCUCUCCCCCGAGGAAGACAUGGUCCUGGCAGAUGAGAGCGACUAUAAUUUGGACGUUCCGACGCUUCAUGUGGUCGGUGCAAAUGACCCCUACCGAUACGGCGCGCUAGCCCUAUUCAACGUUUGUGACCCUGAUACGGCAGCCAUAUUCGACACUGGACGAGGCCACACCAUCCCUCGGUCCGGUCAGGUUAUCACGGAGUUGAGUAAUGCCGUGCGAGACUUAGUUGACAAAGCGUACAAAGCGUAA